AUGGUGGGCGUACCUCAUAGUAAAGGAUGUUUGCAGUGUAUAAGCCGCAAGGUCAAGUGCGAUAACAGUCGUCCGGAAUGUCUGCGGUGUAUCAACUGGGGUUCGGAAUGCCCGGGCUAUGAUCGUGGUCACAAAUUCAAGGACCAGACGCGAUAUAUAACCCUAAAACACGGUCGACCAACAAUGGACGAGGCCUUUGCUCCAAAUUUGACCUACGAGGCGAUCAAUGUCCAAACGCAGGAAUCAUUCGAAGUAUGGUUGGACUACCAUUUUCCAAGUUACCUCGCUUCCUUCAACUCCCGCGUGGAGAUGAAUUGGAUGAGGUUUAUACGAAGCAGGUGGUCCACAUUUCCCCAGGAACUGAUCUGGGCAGUCCGCGCCUUAACUUCUUUGCGCAUGGGGGCGGCACGAGGCAAUGAAGAAGCCAUAGUGUGCGCUCGUCAUAUGUAUGGUCGGGGUAUAAACCAUCUGGCCUCUCUCCUACAUACUCGGGCCGCACUAGCAGAUGAGACACUUGCAGCUGCGAUUUUGCUAGGGGGCUAUGAGGUUCUAGAUGGUAGUAGUGAUCGCUCGUGGAUCAUUCAUUCACAUGGCAUCCGUCAGCUGUUCUGCGCCCGUGGCCCUUCAGCACAUACACAUGGCAUGGGUCGGACUCUUCUCAUUUCUUGGCGGCCUUACCUAGUCGCAGAUGCCUUUAUCCAUGCGGAGCCUUGUUUCUUGGGUGGUUUGGAGUGGACGUGCGUAUCAACUAUCCAGGAGAUUCCCAGGGCAGAAGACCGGUGGCAGGAAAGUAGUCUACUGGGUCAGACGAUGGACUAUGCAUUUAAUGAAGUCGCCAAAUGCCCUGGAUACUAUGCAAUGACAAAAUACUUUACGACGUCGGACACAUAUAUCGAUCAAUCCAUACUGACUGGCCUGGUGAGCUGUAUUCUCAAAUCAAGAGAAAGUCUUGUUCAGUUUCACGGCAUGCUCAUGGAAACGGAUCCCCCAGCGUCCUUUGUUGGAGUGAUUCCAUCGACUUACGCAACAACCCUGGUACAGGGAACUCGCGAUGGAAUCAAUUCUGCUGUCGCACUACUCGACCAAUUAAUGACGUUGCUUAAGUCUCAUCUAAAUAGGAGAACCAAACCUAUAUUAAUGGCAGACUUCGAUGAUAAGCGCCAGGAAGACCCAUGGCGUCUUUUUGCGGGAGUUCAGGCUCCCAGAACCAAUACGAAUCAAUCACUCCUUUCUCGAGAUCAAAACGACCCGAGUUUAAGUAUCUAUGCUAUCAGGGAUCAGUUGGAUAAAUUUUCGUUAACAAUGGGCAUGGGUAGUCUGGUACCAGAUGCAUGCGGUUGCCCACAAUUCUCAGCGCAUAUCUGA